AUGCUAACGCCCCGUCCGUUUCAAAGGGUAUCAAACAUCCACAUCAUACACUCCUCGGGUUCCGAGCACCACCCCUCGUCUGACGAAGAGUUCGUCGGCGCUGGCGUACCUCUAAGCGACUCAAACGCUGGGAGCCUCCACGACGACACGGACGAAUCCUUGGGCAACUCUGGAGAGGACUGGGUUGAAGUCGACGAGGACGAACUUGACCCCUCUGACUCAGCCUCCCGUCCGCGUCCGACCAGACACAGCAGCAGCAGGCAUCGCAGCCACCCAGAGCCACGCCCGUCCAGCCAUCGCCGUUCGCGCUCUCACGCAGCCCCCGUCCAAGAGCCGCCCCGUCGUCACCGCGCCAGAGCUUUCCCGCGCGAGGACUACUCAAGAGAACGUAGCGAGCACAGUGCGCAUCGUCGUCGGCCAGCGCCCGGCGACAUUGACGAGCUGGAGUACCCACCAGACGACUAUCCGGGUUACCCCCGCAACCCGCAUGGGCACCACAGCCAAUGGGGCCACAUUCCACCCAGCGUGACCUCGGGAUAUGCUCCGAGCAUGAUGUCCGGCUUCCAGCCUUAUGGCGCUGGGGCGGACAGGGCGCUGGUCCCCAUGGCGCCCGUGGCUCCUGAUCCGUACGGCUUUCAAGCGAACCCUUUCGCGCCCAAUCACCAUGCGUAUUCUCAGAACCAAAGCAUGGUCGGUGCUGGUUUCCAUGAUUACCCCCCACAGGGGCCACGUCCAGGAAUGGGGCGUCAACGUUACUCCGUUGGAGGCAUGCCCGGCCAGCCCCCCGUUCAUCCUACUGGCAGUAUGACACCUUACUACACUGGGUACGAUCACCAUUAUGGCAUGCCGCCGCCAAUGCCGCCGUAUGGUUAUCAUCCAGCCCAGUACCGCCAUUCACCCGACCACUCGCCUGAUCGCAUGAGCCGACAGCACAAGCAUGCUCCAUCUAAAGCACCCUCACCUCCAUCACCAGCUCCGCCGCCGCCGCCACCCGCUCCUGUUGCGGUUGGUCCGCCGCCGCCACCGGCGCCUCCGCCUGCUCCACUGCCUCCCCUAGAGCCCACGCCUGCGGAGAAGGAGGCCAUGGCGCGUGCUGCAGAGCAAGCGGACCGCCUCAAGAAACUGGAAGAGCUCCUUAUGCAGCAGGCCCAGGCGCGAGUGGCUAAGGAAGCCGCCAAGCAGAAGGCAGUCGAGGACGCAGCUCUCGCUGCCGCCGAAGCCAAGAAGGCAGCCGAGGAAGACAAGCUGUCGAAGCUACAUGAUCUUCUGGUCGCUCAGCGCGAUGAGCAGAAGGCUCGCGACGAGGCUAUUGCUGCAGCCCGCGCCGCAGAAAAGGCCGAAGCUGAUGCAAAGGCUGCCAAGGAUGCAGCAGAGAAGCAGAAAGCAGCGGAAGACGCAGCUAAGCUGUUGGCGGCUGCAAAAAAGGCAAGAGAGGAGGCGGAAACCAAGGCUGCAGAGGAGGCCAAGGCAGCAAAGGAAGCACAUGAAAAGGCGCUUGCCGAGGCUGCCGCAGCUGCGGAGGAGUUGAAGAAGGCUAAGGAAGAGGCAGAGAAGAAGGCUGAAGAGGAGGCCAAAGCCAAGGAAGAGGCGGAGAAGAAGGCUGCUGCUGCUGCCGCUCCCCCACCCGUGGAAAAGCAGCCGCCUAUCAAAUUCAAGGAUGCCGUGGGCCGAAAGUUCAGCUUCCCAUGGCACAUCUGUUGCACGUGGAAGGGUAUGGAAGAGCUCAUUAAACAGGCUUUCCUUCACGUUGAUGUCAUUGGCCAGCACGUACACGAUGGACACUACGACCUCGUAGGGCCUGACGGAGAGAUCAUCCUGCCUCAGGUCUGGGAGACCAUGGUCCAGCCCGACUGGAACAUCACGAUGCACAUGUGGCCCAUGGAAGAGCCACCGGCCCCUAAGUCUCCCCCACCCAUGGCACCACCACCACCACCACCACCACCCAUGAUGUCGCCGGGAAUGGACAUGCCUUGGACAGGUCUGAACUUGCCCCAUCGCCAGCCAUCAAAGGGAAAGCAACGAGCCAGCAAGAUUCUUGGAGAUCCGCCGAUGGGCAGGAGGCACCGGGGUGGUCACCCGGGGCCUCCACCAGGACUUUUCGGGCCUGGGGGACCCGUGGACAUGAUGCCCCCACCGCCGCCGCCUCCACCACCUGCUCCGAUCGACGUGAUGGGCGGUGGUCGGCCAUCGACACCCAUGGUCGAGAUCAUCCCCGGACCGGGACCCAAGCCGCCGAAGACCAAGCCGAAGCCCCAGCCGAACGUCGGGUUCCUUCGUUGGACUGCGGGCGGCGCGGUCCGGCCGGCGGGAAAAGGGGCAAAAAAACCUGAGAGCCCUACUGGCGGCGGCGGCGGCUCGGCUUCCACGGCAGCAUCGGCGCACAACGGACAUCCGCAGCACGGCGCGGAUGCCGGGUGCGUCGUGAUGUAA